GGGUGCAAGUGUUAGUAGAGGGAGGAGGGACAGGGAGUGGUGCCAACUCUGUGCUGUCCUCUCCCGGAGCCCCGCUUUCCUGUCUCCCCCUGUGUCUGUGUCUGUCUGCCACCCCCUUCCCCGGGGCUGGAUGUCUGCAGCCGGCUGGGCUACCUGGCUACUCCAGGCGAUCCGCCAGCUCGGAGCCUCGCAGCCUCCUCCUGCCCGGGAGCCCGAGCCACGAUCCCAGCGCCGGGGACCGGCCUCUCCGCACGCCGACUGGAUGGGCAGCCUGCCGCCGGCUCUCAGCGCCCUGCCCCUCGCCAAUCUGGCCGUGCCAGGAUCUCAUGACUCCUUUAGCUUCUGGAUUGAUGAAAAAUCCCCCGUGGGGCCGGACCAGCCAGUCGUGGUCAGGCACAUGGCCGGAAUUUUUCGGUCCUUCUGGAAGAAGAUGAUGAAGAGGUGGUCUGUGACACAAAGCUUGACAUUUCGGGAGCAGCUGGAGGCCGGCAUCCGUUAUUUUGACCUCCGCGUUUCUACAAAACCCGGGGACAGCGAGGAACUUUAUUUCAUUCACGGUUUAUACGGCAGCAAGGUUCACGACGGGCUGAUCGAGAUUGACGAUUUCCUGACGGCUCACACCAAAGAGGUGGUCUUCCUCGACUUCAACCACUACUAUGAAAUGGACGACUCACACCACGACUACCUCAUCCGGAUGCUCAGAAACACCUUCGGACCCAAACUCUGCCGAGCUAACCUAGUGGAGGAAAUAACGCUGCAGUAUUUAUGGGAACACAAGUAUCAGGUGCUUGUGUUCUAUCACCACCCUAUGGCCCAUGACUUUCCCUUUCUGCGGCCGGGGAACCAGAUGCCAGCGCCCUGGGCAAACACCACCGACGCACGCAAGUUGGUACAAUUCCUGGAGACCACCCUGAACGAGCGGGCAAAGAGGGGGACUUUCCACGUGUCCCAGGCUAUCCUCACCCCUCAGACCAAGACGGUCAUUCGAGGACUCAUCGUCGGACUACGUGAUUCUCUCGUCGCCAGACCCACAAUGCAUCAGUGAUCACUCAGUCCUGAAGACGACCCGUGUGCACAGAUUGGAGUGCUUUACACAGAUUUGAUGGACUGGACGCGCUCUGUCAUGUUCACACAAUCUUUGAAUUUUACAGACAGUCAUAUUAUUGCAGAAGGAGCCCACGAUAUCUUUGCCAGCUCUCCGAGACAGCAAAUCAUUUCAUUUCAUGACGACACAGAGACAGACAGCUGAACCGAACCAGUCUGUCUACCUCUGUACUCACAACUUAGUGACAUUAAACUAUCAAAGACCCUCAUCAUCACUCCAAUGGCUCCUCACCAGACUUUUGAAUGAUCAAUCCCAGACUCGGUGAAUAAUUAAUUCCAGACACCAGUUUUGUAUUUCAAACAAAAGACUUCACUGCGUAUAAAAUAUGCAAGAAAUUCAGCAGAACAAAAGUUAAACAAUGUGGUAAAUUGAUUAAUGUCUAUGCUUUAAACUUAAAGCAUUUGUUUAUAGCCCCAUUGGCAGAAGAGACAGAGAGGUAAACACGGUUAAGGGAUAAAUAAAAUAAA